GUCUGGGCUCCGGCGUGGGCAGGACAGUGCACACACACACAGAGCCCCGUCCACCCUCAGCGCCGUCAUACAGAGUGGAGCGCAUGACCUACAUGGGCUCCAGGACUGACGCAAAGAAGGGUACGGCACGUCGGGAGCAAGGCGGGGUAGCAGUGUGGGGAAGUGCACAGGCACCCCACGGGCCAAUGGUACCUCGAUGCUCAGCCGAGCCAAUUUUUGCCAAGACGUAUAAGACGAAGCCCAGUCUUUUUCUCCAAGGGUACCCCGCGUCCGCCUCGUCCCUGCUCCAACCCAUUUGCCUUAGGAGUGCUUCUCUCAGCACUCGUACAAGAGGCUCCUGCUAGCAGAGCUCCCCUCACUGACUCCAUCUUCAAAGCACUUGUGCUCACUCUGAUCGACCAUCAUGGAUGAAAAGGCGUCUGCUUCCCCUCACGCCGCCCCUCCCCUGCAGGGAGACUUUGACGAUCGCGAAAACACCAUAAACAGAAGCAACAGCGCAGAGAAUGGCUCUGGCGAUGAACACAAGCAUGGCGAGGGAGGAGAUUUAGAUGGAAAGAAAGACAAGGACGGCAGUGGACACACGGCUUAUGCUACCAAGGAGGCCGAAGGCUAUCCUUCUCCUACGGGCUCUGAAGAUGCGGGAAUGGCUCGCAAAGAGGGUCAGCUUGACCAGAAUGUGAACAUUAAUGCACGCAUUGCGAAUCCCCUCGAAGGUCUAUCUCGUCAGGAGGUCUGCGCCGGAGCUGCGGAAUUCUGCUCCAGGAAUGGCAUGGAAGAGUACACUUCAACCAUGCAGAAGGGAGCUCUGGUGGCUCAGAGUGGACUUGACUUUGAGGGUUUGGAUGAGCUGGAUGAAGAAGAUAAGCGUGUGCUCAGGGAUGAAGUCAGUCACAAGUGGAGACACCCUGGCAAGCUCUAUGCUAUGACCAUUCUCUGCAGUAUGGCAGCUGCGACUCAGGGCUGGGAUGAGACUGCCAUCAAUGGAGCGCUGCUGGUCUUCCCUGAGCAAUUCGGCAUUGGCUCCGGCAGUGACAGAGACAGCUGGCUCCAGGGUUUGCUCGGUAGCGCCCCGUACAUUGGUUGCGCCUUCUUGGGAUGCUGGCUCACAAUUCCCUUGAACCACUACUUCGGUCGACGAGGCAGCAUCUUCUUUGCUGCUACCCUCUCGGCCCUGACCUGCGUCUGGCAGGGUCUCACCAGCUCCUGGCAGCACAUGUUUGUCGCUCGUCUUAUGCUUGGUCUCGGAAUCGGCCCCAAAUCGGCUACAGUGCCCGUCUUUGCAGCCGAAUGUGCCCCACCGCUCAUUCGUGGUGCUCUGGUCAUGCAAUGGCAGACUUGGACCGCCUUUGGCAUUAUGAUGGGAUACAUUGCAGACAUUGCGCUGUACUACAUUCCCGAUACCUCAGCUGUGACCGGACUCAAUUGGAGACUUAUGCUGGGUGCUGCAUCCAUCCCAGCCUGGAUCGUCAUGGCUCAGGUCUGGUUCGUACCAGAAUCGCCUCGAUGGCUGAUGAAGAAAGGUCGAUACAGGGAGGCUCUCCAGUCAUUCAUCAUCUACCGCAACACUGAGCUUCAGGCAUGUCGAGAUCUAUACCUAGCCUAUGUGAUGCUAGAGGAAGAAAAGAAGUGGCAGACCAAGAAGGGUCUAGCCCUGUGGGCGGAGUUGUGGACGGUACCCAGGAACCUCAGAGCGACCAUUGCUGCGACGAUUUGUAUGUUUGGACAGCAAUUCUGUGGUGUGAACGUCAUUGCCUACUACAGCUCCAGUAUCCUCAAGAAUGCCAACUUCAGCAAUAUCCAAGCCCUCCUCGGAUCUUUCGGCUUCGGAGCCUUGAACUUCGUCUUCGCAACUCCGGCUUGGUUCACUAUCGAUACGUUUGGUCGUCGCAGUCUUCUUCUGCUCACCACGCCCCUCAUGGCUCUUUUCCUCGUCAUGACCGGCUGCGGCUUCUACGCGCCUGCCGCCUCAUCCGCGCAAAUUGGCGUGGUGCUGACAGGGAUCUACCUCUUUGCAGCCGUGUACUCGCCCGGCUUUGGGCCAGUCCCCUUCACUUACUCGGCAGAGGCGAGCCCGCUGUACAUUCGAGAGAUUGCAAUGGCCUACGCGACUGCGGUACUGUGGUUCUUCAAUGCCGUGCUGGCUAUCACUUACUUCCGAUUGAGCAAGGCUUUUACGCCCGCGGGAUCUUUCUUCUACUACGCCGCCUGGAACAUUAUCCUCUUCUGCCUCGUCUUCCUCCUCCUCCCCGAAACCAAGAGUCUCAGUCUCGAAGAAUUAGACAUGGUCUUUGGUGUUCCCACACACAAGCACAUUGCCUAUCAAUUCCGCAAUGCUUCUUACAAUAUUAGGAAGAAUGUAUUACGUCAAAAGGGUUUGGAGAAGGAACGUCUAUAUGAAAUUGAUCCGGACAUGAAGAGGACAGCGGCUCCUAUGGGGGCUGCUGCCUAGGAGAUGGGGUUCGAGAAGAGGGGGAUACGGCGAGCAGACACGAGCGCUGCGAUCGCUUGUACAGUAGCUCCAGAAAGACUUUUGUUCCCCUUGUCCAUUCGUAAUGACAACGACUCUUCAUCCAUCCUACA